AUCAAGAGGCACCGCAUAUUAGCCCAAUAUUAGACAUUGGUUGGCCCGUCUUUCAAAGUCAUUUAUUAUCCAGUGUUUCUCCAUUCAGACUGGCUUCAUUCAUUAAAGCUGCACAAACCAUGCAGGAUGAUUUACUGAUGGACAAAAGCAAAGCCCAGCCCCAGCAGCAGCGGCAGCAGCAGCAGCAAGAUCCAAACGCAGCAGAAACCCCUUCUACACCCAUCUCAUCAGAGACGUCUAAACCGGGGGACAGCAGCCCAGUGACUAGUAUCGGCACAGCAACUUCUGUCCAAAAUAGCAAGGAGAAGAUGCAGAUGGAGUCCCCCAUCUUGCCUGGCUUGAGUUUUCACCAGCCUCAGCAGGAACCUACACCCGGCACCUCCUUGUCUCCGUCCUUCGGCAGCACCUGGUCUACAGGGACCACAAACACAGUGGAUGAUAGUUUUUUCCAAGGGAUUACCCCAGUCAAUGGCACAAUGCUUUUCCAGAAUUUCCCUCACCAUGUCAACCCUGUGUUUGGUGGCACUUUCUCUCCCCAGAUCGGCCUAGCUCAGACUCAGCACCACCACCAUCAGCAGCAGCAAGCCCAACAGCAGCAGCAAAGGAGAUCACCUGUGAGUCCCAAUCAGGCACCUUUUGCCCAGAGAAAUGCUGCUUACAGCCAUCAGCCCAUUAUGACCAGCAAACCGUCUUCCUCCUCUGCCUCUUCCUCUUCCUCCUCCAGCUGGAAUAACCACCAAAACGCAGCCUGGAGUACACCUUCCAACCCCUGGGGUGGGUUGCAAGCUGGCAGGGACCCUCGAAGGGCAGUAGGAGUGGGGGUUGGGGUAGGAGUGGGGGUUGGGGUGCCUUCCCCCCUCAAUCCUAUUUCACCCCUCAAAAAACCUUUCUCCAGCAAUGUCAUUGCCCCUCCGAAGUUCCCACGGGCUCCACCCUUAACCCCCAAAUCCUGGAUGGAGGACAAUGCCUUCAGGACCGACAAUGGCAACAGUCUGUUGCCUUUUCAGGACCGGAAUAGGCCCUAUGACACUUUUAACUUGCACUCUUUGGAAAAUUCCUUAAUGGAUAUGAUAAGGACUGAUCAUGAGCCUCUGAAAGGUAAACACUACCCUCCCAGUGGCCCACCAAUGAGUUUCGCAGAUAUAAUGUGGAGGAAUCAUUUUACAGGGCGUAUGGGAAUAAACUUCCAUCAUCCAGGAACAGAUAAUAUUAUGGCUCUUAACAGUCGGUCUUCACUCUUUCCUUUUGAAGAUGGCUUCCUAGACGACAGUCACGGUGAUCAGUCUUUAUCUUCGGGUCUCAGCUCUCCAACUCGCUGUCAGAAUGGUGAAAGAGUGGAACGCUAUUCUAGAAAGGUGUUUGUUGGAGGUCUGCCUCCUGACAUUGAUGAAGAUGAAAUCACUGCCAGCUUUCGUAGGUUUGGACCUCUUGUGGUGGACUGGCCUCACAAAGCUGAAAGCAAGUCAUAUUUUCCACCUAAAGGUUAUGCCUUUUUGCUGUUCCAAGAGGAAAGCUCUGUACAAGCGCUGAUAGAUGCCUGUCUGGAAGAAGAUGGAAAACUUUAUCUAUGUGUGUCAAGCCCCACCAUCAAGGACAAACCGGUGCAAAUUCGACCUUGGAACCUAAGUGACAGUGAUUUUGUAAUGGAUGGUUCUCAGCCAUUGGACCCAAGAAAAACUAUCUUUGUAGGGGGAGUUCCACGCCCCCUCCGAGCUGGUGAGUUGAAAUAG